AUGUUCUCUCGCUGUUUGCUUUUUUUCUUUUUCUUUUUUUUUUUACAUACUUGCUUUUUUUCGUUCGCCAUUUCUUAUUUUCUUUUCUUUCUUUUUUUUUUUUUCAAACUCAGCAUUUGGUCUCUUUUGUUUUGUAAUUCCUUCGUCGAUUAUUCCUCACUUUUCUUUUAUUUCUCUUUUAAUUUUCUCCUUUCUGUAGUUGUUAUGCGUUAUUUUGACUUUCCUUUAAUCAUUCUCAUUAUCAUACUUUUUCUUUUCUUUAUUUUUCUUUUGCAGCUCCAAUUUUUAUUUCGCUUUAUUUUUCUUUUUGUUUUCUUUAAUGUUCUUUCUUUCUUUCUUUCUUUCUUUCUUUCUUUCUUUCAGUCGCUUUCUCUGUGUCUCUCUUUUCCUUUGCCUAUCAUUUUCAUUUUUAUCUCUCUUUUUGCCUUCCCCGUGAUAAGCAUCGAUAUCUAA